AUCUCUGGUCUACAACGUGAGUUCCAAAGACAGCCAGGACUGUGUUCUAGUCACUUAGCUGACAAGGCCCUGAGUUCUUAGCUGAUGGGUGGAGCUCUGAAGGGAGGAGUAUGUGUGCACAAAACUCCAUUUGAGAAAAAUGAAAGCCACUUCUGGAAAGCCCAGAGAAUUCAGACCAGCAGUCCUACUGUUGAUCUUAAAGCUGCUCCUUAGAGAUUCACAGGGAUCCAGCACCCAAGGAUCUUCCUCUACUCUCCUGGCUGACGCAGAGGCUCAUGGCUCCAGCAGGCUGACAAGAACCCACACUCUGCGCUAUAUCAGAGCCCAUUCUCUGGAGGGAUCUGAGAAGACCUGGCUCCUGGUCCUAAUAUAUGUAGAUGAAGAGCUCUUCCUGAAAUACAAUGGAGACAGCAGGGAGAUGGAGCCCUUGGGAUGCUGGAUUAAGGGCCAUGGGGGAAAUGAGACCUGUGCAAGAGAGACUAAGAAUCUGUGGAAGGAGGAGGAGAGACUCAGGGGGAUGAUGGCUGAGACUGUAAACCAGAAGAGCCAGGAGAAAGGCCUUCAUACUCUCCAGGCAACCUUGGGCUGUGAGCUUCUGAGAAAUGGGAGCACUAGAGGCUUCUGGCACCUGGGCUAUGAUGGGCAGAACCUCCUCACCUUUGACCAGAAGACUCUCACAUGGACAGUGGAUGUACCCUCUGCCCAGCAGAACAAGACGUUCUGGGAGACACGUGCACCCAGAGCUGAUCGAGUUAAGACAUUCUUGGAUGACAUAUGUCCUGCUCAGCUCCAGAGACGCCUCGCUUCCUUGAGAAAUGUCCUGCAGGAUACAGGCCCCCCAAUGGUGACUGUGACCUUCAGGAACUAUCCAGUGGGCAGGGUCACACUGACAUGCCAGGCUUUUAAUCUGUAUGCCCGUGUGGCCACCCUGGCCUGGCUUCAGGAUGGGAAGCCAGUACAGCAGAAAACCUUUGGACCUGAGACCAUCCUGCCCAGUGGGGAUGGGACCUACCAGGCCUGGGUGUCCAUUCGGGUUCUUCCUGGACAGGAACCACAGUUCAGCUGCUACCUGAAGCAUGGCAACCACAGCGUCAUGCCGACGGCUGUCUCUGGGCAUACUGCUGAGGACAGUCAGGACGCUGCCAGCUCUGCUACAGCCUAA